AUGUCUUUCGAUACUCCGUUACCUCCAUACAGCGCGUCUGAUCCUCACGCCCGAUUCUUAGGCGCAUCAUGCCUCGAUCUGCUUCUUAUAGAGAUUGUGCCGAUGGCGGAGCGUCUGGUGCGGGAACUAUCGACUUCCGAGGACGGCAUGGAUGACGAAGAGCAAAAGGAAGCGACGUUUUUUCGUCUGGAAUCAUUAGGAUACAGAGUCGGACAAGGUCUUGCUGAGAGAUUCUCUCGAGAUCGACCGCGAUUCACAGAUAACCUCGACGUCAUCAAAUUCCUAUGCAAAGAUCUAUGGACGAUUCUGUUCAGGAAACAAGUGGAUAAUUUGAAAACGAACCACAGGGGAGUCUUCGUUUUAACUGAUAAUUCCUUCCGGCCAUUCAGCAGGAUGAGUAUGGCCGUACGGAGUGACGCCGUCGCAAGAGCCCAAGCCUAUUUAUGGUUCCCGUGCGGUGUAAUACGCGGCGUGCUGGCCAGCAUGAAUAUAAAUGCUACAGUACAAGCAGAAACGUCCGAUCUACCGGGGGCGACCUUCCAGAUCAAAACCAUCCUUCCAAAGCCGUGA